UUUUUUUUUUUUUACUUUCCCUCUUUAUACAAUGCUUAAAGAAGAAGACAAGAAGUUUGAAGCAAACUUUAACGUCACAACGCAGGUUGAGUUUGAGGCCAAUGACAAGGAAGAAAAGUAUCAAAACACAAGCAAUUUGCGUCGUGUAGCUGAAGGUGUUCCUAUUGCUGCCUGGUUUAUUAUCAUUAACGAAUUCUGUGAACGCUUCGCAUAUUACGGUGGCUCUACUCCUUUCCAAAACUAUGUUCAAAACGGUCCCAUGGACGAUCCUGCUGGUCAAUUGAACAGGGGCCAAUCUACUGCUACAGCAUUGCAAAACUUUUUCACUUUUUUUUGUUACUUUACCCCCAUGCUUGGUGCUAUUGUAGCUGAUCAAUAUAUCGGCCGUUAUUGGACUAUUAUUAUUUUUUCCAUUAUUUAUAUGGUUGGAUGGUUAAUCUUGACUACCACUUCUAUUCCUGUUGCUCUUGAAAGCGGUGCUGGUUUCCCAGGCUACAUUGUUUCUCUUGUUGUUAUCGGCUUUGGUACUGGUGGUAUCAAGGGUAUUGUUUCCCCUCUUUGUGCAGAUCAAUACAGAAGAACCGAGAAUUAUGUCAAAGAACUCAAAUCUGGUGAAUUGGUCAUGGUAGAUUAUGACCUUAGUAUCCAACAUCUGUAUAACUGGUUUUAUUGGGCGAUCAAUGUCGGCUCACUUUUAGGUGGUAUCAUUUGUCCUCUUCUUGAGAACCAUGUAGGCUUCUAUGCUGCUUUCUUGUUGCCUACAUGUAUGUUUGCAAUUGCCAUUAUAGUAUUUAUUGCAGGUACCAAGCUCUACUAUAAGCCAGCUGCUACUACUUCUGUCAUUUUGAAAGCUUGGGAUGUUAUCCGAUUCGCUAAUAAGCAAGCUAAACUGCCCGAGAACAAGGAAGCCCGCAAGCAAUGCAAGGAUGUUUUGGAUUUUGCCAAACGCGAUUCCGAACUUCCAGCUGUCAGCGAAUGGACUAAUGAAGCUGACCAAGCUGCUUCCAAGUGGGACGAUACCUUUGUCGAUGAAUUGAAACAAGCCGUCAUGGCCUGUAAAAUUUUUGUUCCCCUUUCAAUCUAUUGGGUAUGCUACAACAAUUUGUCAAACAACUUAAUUUCUCAAGCUGGUGUUAUGGCCAGACCUGAUUCUCUUCCUAACGAUAUCAUGAACAACUUUGAUCCUAUCGCCUUGAUUAUCUUUAUUCCCAUCACUGAUAUGUUGUUCUACCCCAUGUUGAGACGUUUCAAGAUCCAAUUUGCUUCUCAAAUGCGUAUCACUGUCGGUUUCUUUUUGGGCUGUCUUUCCAUGGUUUAUGCCGCUGUUGUUCAAUACUAUAUUUACAAGGAUCCUUUGUUUAUCAGCUCUGGUGGAGAAGCUUCUAAUGUCUCUGUCUUCAUUCAGAUUCCUUGUUACUUCUUGAUUGCCUUUUCCGAAAUUUUUGCCUCUAUUACAUCCAUGGAAUAUGCUUACACUCACGCUCCCAAGUCCAUGAAAUCACUCGUGUCUGCUCUUUCUUUAUGGCCCAACUGUGUUGCUGCCUUGAUUUCACUUGCUAUCUCUCCUUCUGCACACGAUCCUAACAUGGUCUGGGUGUACACUGGUGUGGCAUGCGGUUCUUUUGUUGUUGGUUGUCUUUACUAUUACUUGUUUGCUCACUAUGACACGUUGGAUGAAGAAUACAGAAUCAAGAAGCUUUUGGAACAAGAUAAUAUGGUUCCUGAAGUUAUUGCUGAAGCUGAAGCCGAAGCAUUGGAAAAGCUUCAUUAAUUGUACUAUAUUUUUUCUUGUAUUUUAUUAAUAUAUAAUUUAUAUCAUUGAACCUACU